AACGCGCAAUCUGGAGAGCAAGAACAGCGUUUGUGGUUGUCAUUUCUUGACUCGGACGUUUUGCCGGUUCUGUUUCGCUGUGUGAGGUGGGAAAGGCUACUCAUCUCUCGCGGAAACGAUCCCCUCGUCUGCUCCGGAUGUCGUGGUCGCAUGAUCGCGGAAAUUCUAGCUCUUGUCUUUCGUUUUGUAGCUUCGCCAACAGGUGGUCGUCUCGGUCCUCUACUUGCACCACGAAUGCGACGUAUCUUGCUGUGUUUCAUCCUCGAGCAAACGGAUUGGGAAUUGCACGCGCUAACCACGCACCAACAAUUCCCCUGCCCUGGUGACGAGGCCGUGGAAAAUAUCUUUUGGGUGCGAUUCUGUACAAGCGAGACAAUACUUGUGCUGAGCAGUUGUACCAGUACGUCAUCGGCUGGCACGAAAAGUCAAAAUGUGCCUACUAGUGCUGCUCCUUUGCUUUUACUUUUUCAAGAAUUGGCGCAGUUGCUAAUGAACGGCCCGCAGGACAACGGCGACAACGGUAGUCAAGCAAACUCAGGAGAAGAAAACGGUUUAUCGUCCGCGUCUGAAGCUGAGCCUGGAGUAGCAGGAAAAAGCGCAAAAGAGCAUGAGCAGGAACAAGAUGCUGAUCCAUUUUUGAAAUCGAAAAGCGGACGAGGGGAUGUGCCAGUCGCUUCCCUCAUAGGUUACACCCUUCUUGCAUUGCCCUGCCUUGAACGAUUUCGCUUUUCUUUACGCUCACGCAAGUCACACUUGGAAGUGCGGAGAAAACUCCUCAACUGCUUUAGCCACACAGCAUCUCCCGCGAUAGCAAUGGGAUUCGCGUGUGCAAUCCAAGAUUACAAUGCCGCGAGUAAGCUCCUGACUCGGUAUGUACAGAAAGUGCAGGAUGACCCAGAACUAGAACAACAGAUUUCAUCUCACAUCGCGAAGCCCUCAAAGGACGUGCCUCCGCCUUCACAUGGACGAAUUACAACCUGCAAAAGCGAAGAAGAUGCGGUUUUCGGAAUGGCGUAUCUUCAACAGCAAGUCCACAAAUCGGUGUUUCUCCUGGAACUUCCCAGUUUCCACCACUGUCGCACACGCGCCACUCUUUCACGACCGUUGCAAGACGCUAUGAACUACUUUUUCCUCCAGAUGUCGCUCGUUCUUCCACAAGCCUGCGCCUUUGACGUGUUGGCGGGACGCUUACUUGCUGAAUCUUCCAUGUUGAGGCUGGAACAAGAAGAUGAUGGAGCCGAGCACGGUUACCAUCUUCAGCAUCCUCGAGCCACUGACACUCCUGAAGAUGAUGACGAAACUUAUGCGGAUGAAUUGUUUCAUCUCAUUGAAGGGGAGGAUGAUGAGGACGAGACUGGAGCUGACCCUCAGCUGCGUGCACAAAAAUUCAAGCAGAACGGCAUGGAUGGCAUUAAAUCUCAAUCAAACAUCAGUGGCCUCUUAGAAGACGAUCCCUCUGAGACGUUGCUGUUGAAAGGCUGGCUCAAGGGAUGGCUGGGAUAAGCACAAGAAAAACGCAAAUGACUUUGACGCUUUGAGUUUGACUUAUUUCUUACCAAUUGCCUCCAAGAACAGAUCAUUUCGUUGUUUUUUUAUCGCAGACUACCCGCUCCCGUAUCCACCUUUGCGG